AUGACAUCUCGAUACGCUGCAGCUUAUGCGCAUCCAAGUGGCCCCGGGGAUGGGCGCCCGACGGCUGAACAGAUCGUUGGAGACGAAUGCCUCAUUGGAAAGUGGUCGGAUAAGGUGAUCUUGAUCACAGGUUGCUCUUCGGGUAUCGGAGUUGAGACAGCCAAGGCCUUGUCUAAGACCGGCGCAAAACUAUAUUUAACAGCACGAAAUCUUGAAAAAGCAAAGAAGGCCAUUGGGGAGCUUGCAGAGUCUCCAAAUGUCCACCUUCUCCACCUUGACCAGGAGUCUCUGGACAGCGUUCGGAGUUGUGCUUCAGCAUUUUUGGCACAGAACAACCGAUUGCACCUCUUAAUUGCAAAUGCGGGUGUCAUGAUAACCCGCAAAGAGACCACGAAGGACGGUUUUGAGCUUCAAUUGGGAGUGAAUCAUCUAUCACACUUUCUCUUAAUCAACCUCUUGAUGCCAGCUCUCCUCUCGACAUCCACGCCGUCAUUUCAACCAAGAGUAGUUGUUCUUUCCUCGACUGGGCACAAAUUCUCUUCAAUCAACUUCGAAGACAUCAACUUCAACGGCAAGUUUGAGGCCAUGCAGGCGUAUGGGCAGAGCAAAACGGCGAAUUUGUGGACUGCAAACGAGAUCGAGAGGCGUUAUGGGUCUAAGGGGCUCCACGCCCUCAGUGUCCAUCCCGGGGCAGUUACAACAAACCUGGGGCAACACAUGUCCGAAGAGGAAAUCCAAGUUAUAACACAGGACCCGAAGCUUAUGGCCAGCUACAUGAACCCCGCCCAGGGGGCUGCUACUAGUGUAUGGGCAGCUGUGUCGAAGGAUCUCGAAGGACAAGGGGGAAAGUACUUGGAAAACUGCCAGAUUUCAACCGCGCAUGAUCCCGCAGGGGGAACGUGGGCUCCAGGCUACGGCCCGCAUGCAUUUGAUGUCGCCAAUGCCAAGAAGCUGUGGGAUGUCUCGCUGAAAUGUGUUUCACUCGACUGA